UCUUGGUCCGUUGCGGCAGCGCGGGGGAAAGGCGGGCUGGGAGCGGGCCGCCACGGGGUCGGGAUGGAGGCGGCUGGAGCGCGGAGCAGGGACGUGUUGGGGCGAGUGGCGAGUCUGCCUGGUGGCUGCGCAGAAAAAGUCCCUCCGGAGAGGAAAGUUUAUAUGGACUAUAACGCAACCACCCCCCUGGAGCCAGAAGUGAUGGAGGCCAUGACCGAGGCGAUGCGUGACGCCUGGGGAAACCCCAGCAGCCCCUACCCCGCAGGUAGGAAGGCCAAGGAUGUUAUCAGUACAGCUCGGGAAAGCCUUGCCAGGAUGGUAGGUGGGGAAGCUCGCGACGUGAUCUUCACUUCGGGGGGCACGGAGUCGAAUAACCUGGUCAUCCACUCUGCGGUGGAACAUUUCCGCAAGACCCACGCCUCAGGGGGGGACGCGGCCGAGCAUCACAGCCCGGUGGCGGGGGCCCUGCCCCACUGCGUCACCUGCCUCGUGGAGCACGACUCCAUCCGCCUGCCCCUGGAGCACCUGGUGGAAGAGCAGGUGGCGGAGGUCACCUUUGUCCCCGUGUCCAAGGUGAGCGGGCAGGUGGAGGCUGACGAUGUGCUGGCGGCCGUCCGCCCGGCCACGUGCCUCGUGAGCAUCAUGCUGGCCAACAACGAGACGGGCGUCGUCAUGCCGGUGCCUGAGAUCAGUCGGCGAAUUCGGGCCCUGAACCAGCAGCGGGCAGCCCACGGGCUGCCGGGCGUGCUCAUGCACACGGACGCGGCGCAGGCCCUGGGGAAGCGGCGUGUGGAUGUGCGGGACCUGGGCGUGGACUUCCUGACCAUCGUGGGGCACAAGUUCUAUGGCCCCAGGAUUGGAGCACUGUACGUCCGAGGGCUCGGUGAACUUACCCCUCUGUACCCUAUGCUGUUCGGAGGUGGACAAGAACGGAAUUUCAGGCCAGGGACAGAGAACACCCCGAUGAUUGCCGGCCUUGGGAAGGCAGCAGAGCUGGUGGCGGAGAACUGCGAGGCUUAUGAGGCCCACAUGAGAGAUGUGCGCGACUACCUGGAGGAGCGGCUGGCGGCUGAAUUUGGUAAGAGAAUCCAUCUGAACAGCCGGUUCCCAGGCACCGAGCGGCUCCCCAACACCUGUAACUUCUCCAUCCAGGGACCCCAGCUCCAAGGCCGCUUGGUGCUGGCACAGUGCAGGACGCUGCUGGCCAGUGUGGGGGCUGCAUGCCACUCAGACCACGGAGACCGGCCAUCCCCGGUGCUGCUGAGCUGCGGUGUCCUUGAAGUGGCCAGGAACGCCAUCCGGCUCAGCGUGGGCCGCGGCACCACCCGGAGGCAGGGCCCGGUGCCCGUGUCACUGGCCCUGCAGAGCCACUGCUGCCCAGAGAUGCACAGAGCCUCCCAGGCCUCGGGGCAGCGGAGGCCACGGGCCAGCGUGGAUUCCCCAGGGGGCCGGCAUGGCCAGAGCACAGAGACUCCACCACACCUGUUCCGGGGGCCAUGGGAGUGGCUUGGGCAGGACUUCGAGGCCCAGUCCCCAAGGCCUGCCCCCCCACGCCGCCUCCCAUCUGCCCUGUGCACCGCUUAUCGGGUAACCGGAGCCAGGAGCUGCAUCCACGCCUGA